AACAACGGCUCCCUAUACUUGCACACGUUCAUUUCAAGAGAUGGUUAUCCUGAAGUUGGUCAAAAGACGGUUCAGCUAAACACUUUCUUCCCAAAGAAGAAAGUGGUGAAACUUCACAAAUUGAUCGGUAGUGAGGAGGAAGCAAACGGUGCUAGCGACGUAGAGAAUGCCCUUGAUUAUGAAACCCCACAAGAACAGCCAAUUGUUGCCUAUUGGCAUCCAAAUGUGACCAUAUCACUGGUUAAGACCAGGGGAUUGGUUGAUGCUAGAACACUUCCUCCCCCUUUGCUCGAUAUCUUCCCUCUAGACCCACUUGAUCUUCGUGAUAAUUCGACUGGUCGUGUCACCCAGUACUUCCCACUCGUGUACCAGAACAAGUUCUGGCAAUUGAGAAGCCAUAUGAGCGAGAUCAACGCUACUACAGAUGAGCUUGAACUGAACUUGAACAUUGACUUUGCCUCGUUCUGGAAAGUUCAAGUCCUUGUGCUUUUUAGUGAUGGUAUGGAACAACAGAAGAAUAAUCCAAUGUCCGUUACCGAUGGCUCUGAACUUGACGCCAUCAAGAGAAUCCUGCUAGAUACAAACCCAUACCUUCUUGCAAUCACCAUCGCUGUCUCGAUUCUUCACUCUGUUCUGGAGUUUCUUGCUUUCAAAAAUGACAUUUCACAUUGGAGAAAUAAAAAGAAUAACGUUGGUAUCAGUGUUCGUUCUAUCGUUGCAAAUGUUAUCCAACAGACCAUCACAUUGCUCUAUCUCAUUGACAACUCUGAUGGAACCUCGUAUAUGAUUUUGGCUUCUCAGGGGUUUGGAAUACUCGUUGAAGCAUGGAAGAUCACCACCAUUGUUAAUAUCGACAUCCAAUGGGACGGCUUGAUUCCACGUGUCAGCAUCACUGAUAAAUAUCAAUUAAGUGAGACUGAACAGAAGACUAAGGAAUAUGACUCGAUUGCGUUCAAGUAUCUCUACUGGGUUGCGUCUCCGUUGCUGGUUGCCUAUGCUGUCUAUUCCUUGAUGUACAAGGAACACAAGUCGUGGUAUUCCUUUAUAGUCACCACGCUUGUUGGUUUUGUCUAUACCUAUGGAUUCCUCACCUUGGUUCCAAGUGUUUAUAUCAAUUAUAGACUCAAGUCAGUGGCGCACGUUCCAAAGAAAGCCAUGGCCUACAAAGUGGUUAACACCUUCAUAGAUGACCUGUUUGCCUUUGUUGUGAAGAUGCCAUGGCUACACAGACUUGCCACGUUAAGAGAUGAUGUCAUCUUCUUCAUUUACUUAUACCAGACGUGGAUUUACAGAGUCGACUACUCAAGAGUAAACGAGUUUGGCCAAGGUGGUGAGGAAGAG